AUGACUUCCACCGGUCCUAUCGACAACGACGCCAUCGCCCGCUCAGGGCUCGUAGACCCCGAGACUCACGGCAUCCCCCAGGUCGCCGCCAAGGGCUCUAUGGACGUGACACGCCGCUCCGUCUCCGACUCUGACGAUGAGCUUCCCACACAGGAGGAGCUUCAGACGCUCCGUCGUGUCUCUGGAAAGAUCAAGUGGGCCAUGUACACCAUUGCCUUCGUAGAGGCCUGCGAGCGUUUCUCCUACUACGGAUCCGCUGUGCUCUACACCAACUUUGUUGCCCAGAAGCUCCCUCCUGGUUCCACAACCGGUGCUCCUCUUGAUCCCGAUGGUCAGGCUGGCGCUCUUGGCAUGGGUCCCAAAGCCGCCCAGGGUAUCUCUCUGUUCAACCAGUUCUUCGCUUAUCUGAUGCCUCUUGUCGGUGCCUGGGUUGCCGAUGCUAAGCUCGGUCGUUUCCUCACCCUUCACAUCGCCAUUGCCAUCUCUACCAUUGCUCACACUAUCCUGGUCGCUGCUUCAUCCCCCAACGUCAUUGUCCGCAAGGACCCUGCAUUCGGUGCCUUCAUCGUCGGUCUCAUCACUCUCUGCGUCGGAACUGGUUUCUUCAAGGCCAACGUUUCUCCCCUCCUGGCUGAUCAGAAUGAGGACACCAAGAUGCGCGUCGAGGUCCGCAACGGCGAGCGAGUUAUUGUCGACCCUGCCGUGACAAACACCCGUGUCUUCCUCUACUUCUACCUUGCCAUCAACAUCGGUUCCGUCUGCGGUCAGAUUGCUAUGGUCUACGUUGAGAAGUACCACUCCUUCUGGUUGGCCUUCUUCAUCCCUACCAUCUUCUUCCUCAUCGCUCCCAUUGUCCUGGCUGUCAACAAGAAGAAGUACAAGCUCAAGCCUGCGACUGGUUCCGUCCUGUCCAAAUUCUUGCGCAUGUUCAUCUACGUCUCCAAGCGCAGCCCUGCUUUCCGACCUAACUGGGAGCACGCCAAGCCCUCUCAGAUUCCUGUCGACCAGCGCCCUGCUUGGAUGACCUACGAUGACGCCUGGGUUGACGAAGUCCGACGUGGUCUCAUGGCCUGCAAGGUCUUCCUCUACCUGCCCGUCUUCCAUCUGGCUUACAACCAGAUGACCGGUAACCUGACCACCCAGGCUUCCACCAUGGUUCUUAACGGUGUCCCCAACGAUGUUAUCCAGAACCUGAACCCUAUCUCCAUUGUCAUCAUGGUUCCCAUCAUCGAUCACGUUCUGUACCCCGGUCUCCGAAAGCUGGGCAUCUCUUUCACCCCCAUCAAGCGUAUGACAGUUGGUUUCUUGAUCUCCGCCCUAUCCAUGGUCGCCUCUGCAGUGAUGCAACACUACAUCUACCAAAAGAGCCCUUGUGGCAAGUAUGCCAACGGUGACGACCCUUCAACUGGCGAGAAGUGCGCUCCCGCCGAUAUCAACGUCUGGGCUCAGUGCCUUCCCUACAUCUUCAUCGGUCUCGGUGAGAUCUUCACCAACGUCACUUCUUACGAGUACGCCUACUCCAAGGCUCCCGAGAACAUGAAGUCACUUGUCAUGAGUGUCAACCUCUUCAUGUCUGCCUUUGCCUCCGCCAUCGGUCAGGCUUUCACACCUCUCUCCGAUGACCCUCUCCUCGUCUGGAACUACACCGUUGUUGCUGUCAUCGCCUUUGUCGGCGGUGUUGCUUUCUGGUUCCAAUUCAAGCACCUCGACGGUGAGGAAGACAAGUGGAACAUGCUCAAGGCCUCAGAGUUCCAGGGUGGAUACCAACCCAAUGCUGUUGAGAACAAGGUUGCCGAUGAGCAUGAGGAGCCUUCCAAUGCUCCUCGGGAUGUUGAGAAGAUGUGA